AUGAAGUUCGAUCUCAUAUUGGACUUUGCUCUCUACUCUCUACUAGGUUACUCCGGGGCUCUUGCUAGCCCGUCCUGCUGCGGACUGGAAAUCACCGGAUGUGCUUACCAUGAGCGUCUUCUGGAGAAUUACAUCGCCGUUUGGGGCGGGAAUCUGUCGCUCAUUGACACUGUCUUCCACCCCGAUGUUGUCCUCUUUGCCGACAGUUUCCCUUCAGCAAGUGGGAAAGGAAGCUCGGCCACCCAUAUAACAAACAGAAAUGAGUUUGCUGCCUUCGUUAAAAGAUCUCGAACUGGAUGGAAGGAAUAUUACUUCAAACCCAUCCGGACAGUUGCGACCGAUCAUUCAAUUGCUGUUCGGUGGAUAAUGCAUGGUGUCCUCGGAUCGAACUUCACACUCUUUCCAACGCCAUUGAAAGAAGGUGCUGCUGUCACCUAUAACGGAACAGACUUCCUUGUCCAAGAUGACUGUACUGGCCAGAUUAGGGAAGCGUACAUUGCAGGGGACAGUAUCUCGUACUUCCAUGCGAUGGGCUUGGACGCUGUCACUGUUUAA